UUCCCGUCCUUUCUCUCUUUUAUGCUUUCGCGCGUUCUUCUGGCGCUUUUAGUUUUAACACGCUACUCUCUCCAUCUUGCUUCCUCCUCCUAUUCGUUUCAUCCGGUUGUUUGCCUGCGGUUGGGGCAUUGCUGGAAGACGCCUUCUUCGUGUAGCACCGCGACGUUUCUCUUCUACGCUAUGUGCGCCCAGCGUUGAUGUUUUGUGUUCGACUCGAGGCACGCAUCUUCCGACCACCGAGCAGCGACUAGCCUUUCGCACCACGCCAACAUGCCUCUCGAAGUACAGUGGCCCCUUCCGAACCUCAGCCAGCCCAGCAAAUUAUGGCAGCUCGGAAGCUCCGUGGUCGUUCCUGCCGUUGGCCUGCUCGCCAAACUGUUUCACGAGCCGCAGUUUCUUAAGAGGGCACAGAACCCACACAGACCCCGAGUAUUCCGCACAACAGGCUGGUUCAACACAGUGAAUGUGUACAACAAGGAGAUCCUCAUCAACGCCAUUGAAAACCGACCGGAAGAUGUUCCGUUGAUCACAGUCUGCAACCACCACUCUUGCCUUGAUGAUCCUUUCAUUUGGGGAAUGCUGGAGCUGAAGCACAUACUCCGACAGAAGUGCAUGCGCUGGAGCGUUGCAGCACAUGACAUCUGCUUCACGAAUGAGCUGCAUUCACGAUUCUUCGCUCUGGGCAAGACAGUUCCCGUGUGUCGCGGAGAGGGUGUCUUCCAGAAAGGCAUGGACUACUGCAUCGAACUGCUCAACCGCGGCAUGUGGGUCCAUAUCUUCCCCGAGGGAAAGGUCAACAUGGUCACUCAAGAGUUCCUGCGACUCAAAUGGGGCGUUGGCAGACUGAUUGCGGAAAGCAAGAAGUGUCCCAUAGUCAUUCCAUUCUGGCAUGUUGGCAUGAACAAUGUUUUGCCAAACAAGGAGCCCUAUGUUCCACAGUGGGGACAGCUGGUGACCAUUCUAAUUGGAAACCCCAUAGACUUCACCUGCCUCCGGAGUACCAUGAAGAAGGAAAAUAAAAGUGCGAUGGAGCAGAGAAAGAAGAUAACAGACGUCAUACAGGACGAGUUUAGCCAGCUGAAGACCCAGGCUGAGACGUUACAUCAUCUCAGCCUGCCCUCGUCGUCUUAGCAUUGUCGGAAUGUCGUCAUCGGCUAGCUCGUGCGCGCUGCUGACUGCGGCGAAGAAGCCUCGACACUUCACGGGUUCCUUCUUAAACAUCCACCACUGAGGCCAUGCACUGAUAAAGAAAUGGAAUGACGAGAGAACUCGCCGCCUGUAGCCCUUGGUCGUGGCGAACGCGUGUGCCGAGCUGUAGGGCAGAGUUUGGUAGCGUAAGGUUUUGUGGGCAGCUGCACAGCUGCUUGAAACGAAGUUCGCUGGCGACAAAUCUUGAGUGGCACUCGGGUUAAGGGAAGAGAUUUGUUGUUUGCUUAUUGUUCUGAUCUUAUGGCCGUUGGCCACUCUUCUUGAAGUGAGGGGACGAGAAGAUCAGAUUGAAAUUAGCAUUGUCGGUCGGUUUUCUCUUUAUAGAUUGAUUCUGGGCCUCGUACAGAGACUUUUCUUAUUUCGUAUGCAUCAUUUGUUUUCUCCUCCCUUUUUCCAUUACGUGUUACUUGCAAUGUGUGUCUGAUUGAAAAGUACAAACAGGUCGGUGUCUGCGCAAUCUAAACAUCCGUAGUUAGGCUACGACAUUCUUUAGGGCAUAAUACACUGAAAUCUUUCACACGCCUUUUACAGUAAGAAAUGCACUUAUUCCAUUACAUCUACGUGCCCUUCUGCUGUGGCUUUUUCUUCUUUCUUUGUUACGUUUUUUUGGUAGGGGGAUUCAUUCAAGAUGGCUAGUUUUGUGAAUAUGAUUAGUUACGGGUUGUCUCAAGUUAUUAGUGCACAUUUCGUUGUUAAAUUUUUUCUCAUGCCCACUUCUUAUCAAAGUAAUAUUGAGAUAGAAACUGCAUUCUGUGAAAAUGCACCCAUAUUCAUAGCUGGCCGUUUUUUAUAAUAUCUGCUCUCAGGAUUUUACAUGAGUGUUGAUAUAGUCUCUCUUCAUAAAUACGAUGUUUCGCUAUUAACCUUAGACAUAAAAUUUGUUUAUUUCAUUGUGUAGGUAUUUCUUUUUUUUUUUUUUCAAUUGAUCAAAAUCAAACCAUAUAAGUAGGCUUGAAAAACUGUUUAAUGUAGCGUGUUUAUGUGAAUAACAGUACACUAAAGUUUUUAUUCAAGCUGUCUGUAUACAAGCUUGUCUGUGCAUACUUAAAAAUUUCGUAUAAGUUGUAAGCAUGGUAAGUGUUAGUGUUGCAAUAUUAUGCUUGCCAUUUUUAAGAUGUAUUGCACUAGCCAGCAAUACAUUCAUGUUUUGGUACUUAUGUGGUUAGGAACACUUAACACAGUAGACUGAUUAUUCAGAUAUUCGAGUUUUUACAUUUCGAAAAUAUUUGCGAAUAGAUACAUCAUUAUUGUUAUAUUAUGGAUAUAUUAGUUUUUCCAUUGGUGCAUUGAUAGUUCUGAUAGCGAUUUUAUGCCUGAGAAUUCAUGUGCAUGGAGUUUUCUUUUAGUGAAACACUUUUGUGACAUUUGGGUUAUUCCAGGUUUGCUUGCUGGCUAAUAGCUUCUGCUUUGUGUUUAUUCAUUGAAGUGAUCUUGCUUUUAUUGUAUUUGUGGUGUUUGUUACUAUGAAUUUAGAAAAAGCAAUACCUGUUGCUUUCUGUUCAUUUGCAGCUCCUGCUUGAUGAUAAGCUAAAGAAUGGAAUGUUGGUAAAUUGUUUCUUACUGUAGCCGAAAGUAAAAAAAUUUCAUAAAUACAUUCAUUCAAAAUUUUUUUUUUGCUGAUGCAGUUUUUCAUACGUACAUCAAUUCAGUCUUCUGAAACCCAUGCAACUGAGAAUGCUUCCCUUUUUAUCAUAUACUUUGUUUGCAAUUGGAAAUGGACGUAAAGGUGUGCACGCACUGUUAGAGCAGUGCUACUUUUUAUUUGGUCUUUUUUAAACAUUUUUGGCUUCGGAUAGGGUCACACAUGUUGUGAUACCAAAUAUCUUAUGAUUAGCAUUUUUGGUCGGUUUUAAAAGUUAGUGCUAUCGUCUUGCAUCUACAAAUAUUCCUUUAACAUUUGUGCUAAACAGCACAACAAAGCUGUGGUGCACCUAUCUGCAAUGUUUAUGUGCUAGUUGAGGGAGGCCACUGAAAUAUUUUUUCUGUAAGAUGUCAGAAUUUUUUUCGAGACCUUUGUCACGUUGCUGCACCACAUCGUUGCUACUAACAACAGCACUGUAGUAAACUUCCACCACCCUUAAGCUCCGCUUAAGUGAUCAGUGCUAACUUAUUUUUACAGCAUUCACUGAACCCAGUUGCAGAGUUUCGCGCGAUUGGUUAUUGUAUAAUCAAAAAAGAAAAAAAAAGCUCACGAGCCAAAAAUUUUCUGUCGCAAUUGUUGAGUGAUUUUUGGAACUGUUGCUGUUGAUUCUGUGAAUACUGUGAUAUAUAUACAUAUAUAUCUUGGUUGUGCUCUACUGUCAUGAAAGUUGAGUCCUAGCUUCGAUUCAGUCAGUCGUAGCUUUUUUUAUUAUUAUUAUUAUUAAUCUUAUUAUUAUUUUGUGAUGCAACAAGUAAUACGGUACAGUUGACGUUUGUAGAGACUAUGUUUUAAGUUAUGCGUGUUCGCCACACGCUUAUGCAUUCGUUUUUGUUAGUGUAAUGUGAUUUCAGUACCUUUCCUUGCUUGCUGCCUUGUUGUGCGACGUGUGUAAUUGCCGUGAAGUGUUCUGCGUCAUUCGCUGUCUUGGUAAUUCUCACUUGCUACAUGAAAGACCUCGACAGUAAGACUUCUGCACUAAUUAAACUACGGACACUUUGCGAUGGAAUUGGUAAUUUCACGGUACCACUUACUGCAUUGAAGUACUUGCUUUCGUUGCAUGCAUGUUGUUUGCUUUUUUCUUGCUCCUUUUUUUUUUUUUAUGCAGUCAAGUCAGUUUUGGGACAUGUUGCAAAUUUUCCUGCCUCAGCAUUGUUUUUCGAUUGAUUUAGUGUGCGGCAGUAAUUCUGUGUUAUGGCUGUUGUCUGUCUUGAUCUGAUAAAAAAGAACACUUGUCCAACA